AUGGCUCGCGCAAAGAAGCAAGACAACGCCACUGAACCAGCUGAGCGACGAGCCUCGGGCCGCAUCGCCGACAAGGCCUCGAAGCGCGAGGACGACGUCAAGCAGGCAGCCAAGGCCAAGACGAAGAAGACGGCAGCUACUGCCAAGAAGGGCAAGACGACGACGACGACUGCGAAGAAGAGCAACGGCAAGGACGAUGCUUCCAAUGCUGACGUCAACGGGCAGGGCUCUUCCUCUGCCUCGUCGAAGUCGAACGGCCAGCUCAAGGUGGGCGACGCCCUCCCCACCGGGCUCACCCUCAAGGACCAAGCAGGCAACGAUGUCGACAUCAGCUCGCUGCGCAAGGCUGUCAUCUUCAUGUACCCCAAGGCCAACACAGGUGGAUGCACCACCCAAGCCAAGAAGUACCGCGACGACCAUGGCCAAUGGGACGAGCUCGGCUUCGAAGUCUACGGUCUCUCCAACGACGGAUUGACUUCUCUCAAGAACUGGAAGGAGAAGCAGACUCUCCCCUACACCCUCCUCUCGGACCCUGAUCGUCUCCUCAUCAAGUCCCUCACAGGCACCGCAAGCAAGACUAUUCGAUCGCACGUCGUCAUCGAUUCUGAGGGCAAGUUGGCCGAUGUUCAGUUGCAGGUCAAGCCCGCUGAGUCGUCGCCUGACGCUUUGAUCGUAGCCAAGAAGCUCAACGAGGGGCCCGACGAGGAGCAGGAGUAG